UUAUCAUACAACCAACUAUUCUAUGAUACCCUGAAAUAGUGAGAGCUUUUACUUUGAAGGGAUUCGGCUAACAUCCGCUCUGGGCCCUGCCCUUUCCUGUUAGCUAACACAGAGCUUUCAUCUUACACCACAUUUAGCUACUUAACAUUAUCUCUUUUAUAUAGUAACGUCGUCUGUCGUACUUUACUUUAGAACAAGCGCAAAUAUGGCAGAGGCCAUUCAAAAGAAACUGAAAGCGGAAGUCGAAAAAUAUGCACAAAUGCAGAAAGAUGUUAGCAAGAGCAUGUCAGCCAGACAGAAGCUGGAGACGCAGCUGACAGAGAACAACAUUGUCAAAGAGGAGCUUGAUCUGCUGGACAGCACAAACACAGUGUAUAAGCUUAUCGGUCCAGUAUUGGUGAAGCAAGACCUGGAUGAGGCCAAAGCCACAGUCACAAAAAGGCUGGAGUACAUCAAUGGAGAGAUUCAAAGGUACGAAACGGUCCUGAAAGACAUGGAAAAGAAAUCUGAGCAGCAUCGAGAAGUCUUGUCCAGUUUACAGCAGGAGUUCCAGAGAGCUCAGGGCCUGGCUGUCGGCAAAGUCUGACCAAGUGGUCCAGCUUCAUGCUUACACACACACACACACACACACACACAGAUGUGUCAUGUUAGUCAUGAUAUAAUGUAGACCUUCAACAUAAGAGUAAGAGUGAAUUCUGCUUGUAUCUUGUCAUUAAUUUGUUAUUACAGUGACUCUUCCUGUGUUACUAAUAAACAUGUUUUUCAUGAAAGGUC